CUUCCUCUUUCACCAGACGGAAUGGACACCGUGCGGACGACAUAUAAGCCGCUCUUCCUCUGUGUCUUCCUGGCGGGGGGACUGUUCGCUGGCUCGGCCGGGGUCGUGGAGCUGCGGGUCCGAGCCGGAGAUACGGUCACCCUGCCCUGCGACAUCAGGCACCAGACCGAGACGCUGUGGAUGAUACAGCGGCCCCUGGAGAUGCCGCUAAUCGCCGCCGUCGCCCAGAUCAGCGGCUCCCUGGUCAUCAAGAAGGUGGAAGAGGGGUACCGGUCUCGCCUCACCCUCGUCCACGAACCCUCGACCCUCUCCGUCAGCCUGACGCUCGCCAACCUGACGGAGUCCGACCGGGCGCUGUACUACUGCGCCGGGAGAGUCUUCGGGCGGCUGCGCUUCGGAAACGGGACGGAGCUCGUCUUCCCCGAGGAACCAGACCGGACAGUGGUCAGUCCCAGUCCCUGCCUGACGUGCUGGACUCUUCUGCCCUCUGUGAGUGUGGUCUGUGUCAUCGUGUCCUCUGUCUGCGUUUUCUCCUGCGUUUCCCUUAGAAGAGGCAGUAGAAGCUCUGAGAGUCGCCCCCAGACUGGAGGACACAGCGAGAGACAGGACAGUCAGGAAGAGGAGGCCAGACUGCAGUACGCCACUAUAGAGAUCAGCAGACAAAACACGAAGCACAAAAAGAGAGGUGGCCAGAACACACAGCCCACUACAUAUGCUGAGAUCAAGCAUGGGAGACGUGUGUGACAGUAAAGUACACAAAAUACACAAAGAGCACUUAGCAGGACUGAAAAACAUAAUCAGGUUUAGUACUGGGAAUCAAAACUGAUAAAUGCAUAACAACCCAUAAAAAAGUAUUUUAUCAAGACUACUGGUCAAGAACUAGUUGAAGUACAUUUUUCUCUUUUAUCUUCAUUUCCUUUAUCUCCAGUUGUUUUGUUUGGCUGAUUUAAUGAGUAGGGACCAUCCAGACAACUUCCUCUGAAAUGAAAUCUAGUCAAAUUUGUUUCUUGAAAACUGGAAGGAGUGAUCCAGCAAUUUCUAAGAACAUAUUUCUCUGUAAGAAUUACUUAUGAGCUGAAGUAUCUAUGGAUUUCACGUCAAGAUACUUCUGCUUGGCAGCUACCUUGUAAAGUCCUUUGAAUCUACAUAGAUAAUAAAG